CCACAGCCAACUCACACAAGCGCUAAAAAAGUUCUGGCCCUUGGCCCAUUACAGCUGCGCACACUUCGCUCAUUAGCACAGAGCCCUUCAGAAACGCUGCACGCUCCAUGCUCCAUACACACCUGCCGAGAACCAGUGAAGGUUCUCUCGAGCUGGAGGCUCAGAUCUCACCUGUGGGUCAAGAUGGACUAUUCUGAUCAGUUGGGUUUCAACCUAAAAGAUGUGCUGAAGAAGCUGAGCAAGAUGGAGUUGAACGAUUUCAAGAGUACAUUAUGGAGCUGUCCUCUGCCAGACACCAUGAAACAGACCAACAAGCAGAUGGUGGACCUGGCCAACGGAGCUCAGUUAGCAGAAAUUCUCCUACACUACUGCCCCAGUGACUGGGUCAUGAGAAUCACCUUCCAGAUCUUGGAGGCAAUAAACCGUGUGGACCUAUCUGAGUUAGUAAGGAAGCAAGUCGAAGACGCAGCAUCAAAAAUACCUACGGUAAAGUCAAAGGCUACUACUAAACGAAGGCGACCCUCGAGCAUGACACUUAUAUUCCACGAUUUCGUUCAAGGAGCUGAGAGGCCGGAACACAAGCAAAAGAGGGAAUGGAAGAAAAUAUAUACAGAAAAAUGGAAGACCUUCUGGCCUAAAUGUAAUAAAGAGAUGUACGUGACUACUGAGAGCUACAGGAUACUCUUGUCGCUGUGUAACCCGGACGAAACUGCACCGUUUGCUCACACCAUUGUGCUGCAUGGCCCGCCAGGCUCUGGAAAAACCGCCAUGGCAAAAAGGCUAAUGCUAGACUGGUCAGAGUGUAAGCAGGCGCAGAUUUUCCCGUGUGCCUUCUAUAUCAGCUGCAGGGAGGUUAUGAACCGCAAGCCUUGCGCGUUUUCCCAACUCCUCUCCAUGGAUAAUCCCUCCUGGAGGAACUGUGUGAUGCGUGCUCUAGCCCUGGGACAGAACUUAUUAAUUGUGAUGGAUGGUUUCGACGAGCUGACAUUCCCAGCAGGAGCUCUGAUCCGUGACCUCUGUGAUGAUUGGAAUACAGUGAAGCCAGUAGAGGUCUUGCUGGGCAGUUUGCUGAACAGGAAGAUGGCGCCUCAUGCCCUCCUGCUGGUCACCACACGGACACGGGCUUUGUGCCGCAUCAUCACCAUAAUGAAUCGGCCUCUCCUAGUAGAAACUCAGGGAUUCUUGGACCAAGAAAAGCUGGAAUACUUUCAGAAAUACUUUGAAGAUGAGGAGGAGGACGACGAAGGUGAGGGAAAGGCACUGAGAGCUUUUAAGGAAGUGAGAUGCAAUGCCGAUCUUUUCCAAAUGGCCUCGCUUCCUGCUGCAUGUGGGGUAUUCUGCCUCUGUCUGGAGCUAGGGAUAAAGAAGGGGGAAGACCUGGCUCUUACAUGUCAGACCCACACCUCUAUGUUCCUGAACUUCCUCUGCAAAGUCUUCUCACCAGAAACCUGUGAGGGCCGCCUCGACAAGGAACUCCAAAUGUUAUUCAAGAAAAUAUGUAUCCUGGCUGCCGAUAGUCUUUUGGAGCAGGUGCCCAUACUCCGAGAAGAAGAUUUCUUGAAAUUACAAUUGAACCCGAAUCAAUUGCAUCCUGUGGUGUACAGGCACAUCCUCUUUAAGGACGGUUCCAGUACAAACUGUCUCUCUUUCACCAGCCUCGGUAUCCAUCAGCUCCUGGCUGCCAUAUUAUUUGUUCAGGAGCUUGAGUGGGAAAGCAAGGAUGUCUCUAAAUAUAGUAUACAGAAUAUUCUUUCGAAGGAAACAAGAUUAAAAAACCCCGACCUGUCUGGAGUGCUGCCAUUUAUAUUUGGCCUCCUGAACGAGACUCAUAUUCAAGAGCUGGAGACCAUUUUUGGCUGCCAAAUAUCAGCCGAGGUCAAGAGAAAAUUCCUGGAGUGUAAGUCAAAGGGAAACAAACCCUUCUUAUUACUGAUGAAUAUGCAAGACGCCUUGUCCUGCCUCUAUGAAUCUCAGGAGGAAGAGUUUGUGAAGGAAGCCAUGGCCGCCUUUGAGGAAAUCUCCUUGCAUUUGAAAACAGACAGGGACCUCAUCCAUGCUUCAUUCUGCCUCAAGAACUCGCAGAACGUGCAGACACUGUCCCUGCAAGUAGAAAAGGCGGUCUUCGCAGAGAACGGUGCGGCGCUGGAGUCCUUAGCUAGAUGUCAAAGGUCCCCGGAUGUGCAACGCAUGCUAACUCUCUGGUCAGACCUUUGUGACACAUUUAAUCUAAAUGAGAAACUGGCCUUUCUAGACAUCCACGAAAGCUUCCUCGACAGCGCCGCACUGGAGAUUCUUUGUGAAAAGCUGCCCUCUGCUUCCUGUUGUCUCCAGAAAGUGGUCCUCAAAAAUAUUUUCCCAGAUGAUGCGUAUGGUAAAUUGUGCCUCUGUUUUAAUGGUUAUGAAGCCAUCACCCAUCUGACCCUGCAAGGUGGUAACCUCAACAGCUUUCUUCCCUCACUACGUGAGGUUCUGGAAAACCCAGCCUGCAACCUGAAGUUUCUCAGCCUGAGAUUGUGUUCUACCGCAGAUCAGAAAUGGGAUGACUUCUUCCUAGCCCUGAAAGUCAAUCAAUCCCUGAUAUAUCUGGAUCUCACAGACAACAGUCUCUUGAACAAGGGUGCAAAGCUGCUAUGUAAGGCUUGGAAGCAACCAAAGUGCAAACUGCAGAGGGUAUCGUUGGAGAACUGCCUUCUUACUGAAGCCUGUUGCAAGGACCUCUCUUUAAUUCUGAUGCUCAGCCAGACUCUGACACACCUCAACCUGGCCAAGAAUGAACUCGGGGAUAACGGAGUGAAAAACCUGUGUGAAAGUUUAAGCUGCCCUGAGAGCAAACUACAGACCCUAGUACUGUGGUCCUGUAACAUCACCAGCAAUGGUUGCCUUUAUCUGUCAAAGAUGCUCCAACAAACACUGAGCCUGGAACACUUGGAUCUGGGACUAAAUCGCAUUGGAUCCGCCGGGGCAAAGUCACUGUGUGAGGCUCUGAAGAAUCCCAAGUGUAAAUUGAAAAGUCUGUGGCUGUGUGGAUGCUCCAUCAGUCCAUCUAACUGCAACGACUUCUCUGAGACUCUCGCAAGCAACAGCACCCUGAACACCCUAGACCUGUCUCAGAACUCCAUGGGAACGGAUGCUGUAAAGACCUUCUGUGAAGCCUUGAAACUGCAAGUUUGCCCCCUCCAAACACUCAGGUUGAACUAUGAUGGCGCUAAGCCCAGUAUCCGGAAGCUGAUUGAAGAAAUGAAGGAGAGCCACCCACACCUGACGAUUUCCUGUCACCAAGUGACUCUUAAAAAGAGUCCUCUUUUCCCUCAUUGCAUUUUCUGAGGCCAUUACCUUCCAAAAGAGUUAGGUGGCCUUGAAGAUGUGGGUGAAGGCUCUCUGGUCACCCUGUCUGAUCUGUUGGUAUCUGGGCUAACUGUCCUUAUUCUUCCCAGGUCUGUAUAUAAAACUCACACAUGUCACGGAAAGCAUGAUAAAUGUAACACGUUUGUAUCACUGGUAUGUUGAGGAAUAAAAGUGA